AUGGGAGACCUGAGGUAUGUCAGCUCAAAAACCAUAGCAAAAAUAAUAAAGUCAAACUUGUUGGAUAUCAAGACAGUUUACACACCUAAUGACAUAAUCAGAGACAUGAGAAAUGAUUAUAGCAUUAAAUUGGAUUACUGGAAAGCUUGGAAAUGUAGAGAAAUUGCACUGGAGCUUUUAAGAGGAAAACCAGAAAAUUCAUUUGGUCUACACCGAGAUAUCUUCACAUGUGGAUGGAGGCACAAUAUGCCUAUUAUGGUUGUUGAUGGUAUAUUUUUGAAAGGACCAUAUGGAGGUACUCUAUUUUCAGCUUCAAUUCUUAAUGCAGCAGGAAAAAUAUUUCCUCUUGCCUUUUCAAUAACAGAUUCAGAAAAUGAUGCAUCUUGGAAUUGGUUUUUUAGACAAAUCAAAACUAUUUUUGGUGUAAGGGAAGGAAUGUGUAUAAUUUCAGACAGACAUCAGAGCAUUAAAAAUGCAAUAGAAAGUGUUUUUGCUGGAGAAGUUCAACAUGAUAUUUGCUUAUAUCAUUUACUAAGUAACGUGAAAAGCAGAUUCAAAAGGGAUCAGAAGUCAAUUAAAGACAUGUUCAAAGCAGCGGCAAGAGCUUAUACAAAGGAAGAAUUCAAUACUCAUAUGACAGAACUGAGCAACAUAAAUCCAAGAGUUACAGCUUAUCUCAAAGAAGCAGGAUUUGAAAGGUGGGCAGUUUCACAUUCUGUGAACAAAAGAUACAACAUAAUGACUUCAAAUAUUGCCGAGUCAUUUAUUGCAGCAGUAAAUAGAGCAAGAGAAUUACCGGUUACGAUGCUUAUGGAAUACUUGAGAAGUUUGGUAGGGUCUUCUGAUGAUGACAUAUACACUGUUACUGAAAAUGGUGAUUCCUCUACUGUUAACAUCAAGGAAAAAAACUUGUACAUGUAA